UAAUAUCUCUUACAUUUGAUUUAUCGUGCGUUUUUAUUUUUAUCUUCGAUAGCUUUUCAUCUUUUUUUCCAGCCCAUGUGAGCUUAUGAAGCAGAGAAACUGCACAAAUCAAUACAGUUCUAAUGACUCCAAAAGUGACUAACAUGUUGUCAGUCAUUAACGUAGAUAGAAGCGUCAGGCUGACAAGUAAAUAAGAGAUCCGACUGUAUCUUAUGGUUAAGAUAGGAAGUCUUAAAUACUACAUAACUGUUACAUUGUUGAUGUCACAUUGAAGACAUGAUUAUGAAACAAUAUCUCUGGUCUGUGCUAUAAUCAAGAUACUGUUAGUUUUGUCUUCUAGGUCAUAAUCACAUGACACAAUGUUAAAAUUCUCAUCUACAUUAUUACAAUAGUGUGUGUAUGUAUGUAUGUAUGUAUGUAUGUAUAUGCAGCAGAAAUAAGAGCGUCUCCUAUGUGAAGCUUCAACAGUCACUGUGUAAAUCGUGUCUCUUUAACUGAGGUAUUCUCAGGACGGGGAGGGGGGUGGAUGGGUUCAUCGGGUUCAUGUAGUAUUGGACGCCUCCUCCCAUCUCAGGUUGGCUGCUUCCCUGGCUCUCUCGAUAAACGGGGUAGCUGUAAGGCAAAUAGGUGAUGGAAAAUGACAUGGAAGUUUGCAGUGGAGGUGACUGAAUAGUCGAGCUUGACCUUUAUUCGGGACACAGAAACUCGAUCAGCUGAUGACUCCAAAACUAGCUGCCAUUUUCAGGUCAUUCGAGGCAUCUGGCUAACUUGUGUGUAGCUCCAGCCAGUUGUAUGAAUAAGCCUGCUUUAUUCGUCUGUUAGUCGUCCACUGGGAUGGGGGAAUCGCUUUGUCCUGUGCUGUCUAGUGGAGGAAUAUAAAUCAUGAUGGCUGAUGGAUGUUGCAGAGGGAUGGAAAGAGGCAGGGGUAAGAUUGCAUCAGAUUCUUUACCGAGACCCACUUAUCCCCAGCAAUAUGUCCAGAGCGGAUCACAGCAGCAGGGCAAUGACAUCCAGGAGUUAGCCUCCAAACGCGUCGACAUCCAGAAGAAACGCUUCUAUCUAGAUGUAAAGCAGAGCGUACGUGGACGCUUCCUCAAAAUUGCCGAGGUGUGGAUUGGAAGAGGCCGUCAUGAUAACAUCAGGAAGAGCAAGCUGACGCUGUCUAUGUCUAUGGCCCCCGCUCUACGGUACUGCCUGGGAGACUUUAUAGAUUAUUAUGCCCGGAUCGGACUGCGGGGGGGCCUGGCGCCUCCGCAGCUCGAGGAGCACAGCAACAACGGCCAGGGCCGCGCGCAUGACUCCCGCAGAAGAACACAGGAGCAGCACGCGGCGCUGUCUCCCACCGGCUCUGCGGUGUCCGACGACCAUGCCCACCGCGUGCUGAAGAGUGAAUUCAUCGAGAGGGACAACAGAAAGUACUUCCUGGACCUAAAAGAGAACCAGAGAGGUCGGUUUCUCCGCAUACGACAGACUGUCAGCAAAGGACACGGUACGAUGGGUUACUACGGCCAGGGGAUCGAGCAGACCAUAGUGCUGCCCGCGCAGGGGCUCAUCGAGUUCAGAGACGCGCUGUCACAGCUCAUCGAAGACUACGGCGACGACGAGAGCGACGACCGCGGCCGAGCCGGGUCCAGGAAUCACGACGACAACCCCGAGCUUCCAGAGGCUGCGUCUUUUCGGGUGGACAACAAGAGAUUUUACUUCGACGUCGGUUCUAACCGGUAUGGUAUCUUUUUAAAAAUUAGCGAAGUGCGGCAGCCGUACAGAAACACCAUCACAGUUCCUCUCAAAGCCUGGGCUAGAUUUGGCGAAAAUUUCAUCAGGUACGAGGAAGAAAUGCGACGGAUUUUCUCGUGUCACAAAGAAAAGCGGACAGAUGCUCGGCAGGACAGCGAGGAGCAGGAGGACUGACCUUGGUAGUAGGCUGUCUGUGCUAUUGCAUGUACUCUAGGGAUUCUGUUAAUGAAGAAAAUGUUCCUAAAUACUCUCCAUAAUGUACUGUAGCCUAUGUGUCCCUACAAUACUACACUAGAUGCUGUGUCCCACCUUAACUUUUUGGCUCAUCUGCCAAGGGCUGGUAAACGACUAAUUUUAACCUGCCAAGAAGUCAUUCAUUCAUAGCCUAAAGCCUACAUCUGCUUUCAUUUCUCGGUGCUGUUUCAUGCACUGUAGCCACUUAGCCUGGGCUAGUCCAAGUGUAUUUGUGGCCCUGAGCAGAAUUUCAUAAUCCUCCGCCCCUUGUGCCCUCUAAAUUACAAGUUACAAAUUACAAUUACAAUUAUAAGUGACACAAAAAGGUGACACAGUGGUAUUAGGAAUGUAGUGUAAGCUAUGAAACCACUUUGCCCUCAAAGUAUAAGAGGUGCAGAUGUCCAGAAAAACUGUCCACCACAACUGAACGCUGACAGUAAAAGAUGAACAUGUAUCCAUUAAAUGCACUAUUUGUUCAGUAUAGUUUGGUUAUUAUAAAAAGUGCAAAUUUAGAAGUUGUCAAAAUAGAAGCAUAUAAAAUUUUAGUAAUGAUAUUUAUAUGUAAAUUACACAUAAAAAUUAACAGAAGACCUCAUAUGUAGAAUUUUCUAGUUGGAGGCCCCCCUACUGUCCAUUGAGCCCCAAGCAGGAACUCAUUCGACUUGCAACACACACCAGCUGCAUCAACUGAUGUCUGCAGCACACACCACACUCACUGCAGAGAUAAAAAAAAAGUAGUCAAGGUGCAGUAACCAGGAUGUGCUCAGCCAGUGGGAUAAGAUUGUUUUAUGGAAUGACAUGCAGUGGUGCUGGGGAUGUGACAGUGGUGUGUGGGCUUACAUACAAAAUAACAGACAUGAGUGUUUUGGCACACAUCAUACGCUGCUGGUGUGUGUUCCAGUGUAAGCAAUAGCACUAGUGUCUUCCAGUGCUAUUGCUUACACUGGAAAUUUAAGUCUAAAUUACAAUUACAUUCAAUUGUAAUUACAAUUACAAUUACAUUCAGCUCACACACACAUACACGCAUGUGCGCAGGAGACGUUCGGCUUUCACAUCACAAUAACACUGUGCAAAAUGAAAGCAAGGUUCCUCAUUCAUUUCAGUAACAUGACUUUUCCUGCAGUGCAGUGCUGUGGGCCAUUCAAAUAUGUACAAGUGACCAGAGCAAGUAGAAUACACUGCAGUGUGUAAAAUGUAGCAAUGUGUUGAUUUGCUGCAAACAUCGCCAGCGUCAAGAUGAGGGGAGAAAUGAAAGUGGUGGUGCGGUAGGAGUACGAGGACACAAAGUGUUAUGUGAUGGCCUGGUUUUUGAUGAACCUUCAGACUGGACUUGCUGCGUGUAUUUCAUCUUUCAUUACCAGUGGCAGCACAUCAACACAGCCCUUUGCGUUGCGUUCUGCCAUAUUGCUGUUGUCAUUGUGGAAGCACUAAAGAGUUUACAAAGGUGAACAAAGUUUGUAAAGAAGAAAAAAAGGAAUCAAAAAAACUUAUUAGCCAGUGCAAUCCAUCUCCUUUAUCAUUCUAUUCAACAAAGGCACUUAGUCCACAAACACAGGAGUGUCUUUGUGGAUCACUGAGUCACAUUCAGAUAUAUAUGAGCUCUUUGCUCUUAAGCCUCAAACAGUUGAAAAAGAAUUGACUUGUGGCAUUUUCCAGCCAGAUCAUUGUAAGAAUAUCCUUAAGAGGAUGCCUCUUCUCAUCACUGAAAAACCCAGUUAAGACAAAGAAGAGAAAACACAUAGUGGCUGCUAUCAUACAUGUUGCUGUAGUUACAUUAUUUAUACUAUAUGGCAAUUACAGCCUAACCGCUCCAAUUUACACAUCAUAUUUUGCUGAAGGACAGGUAAUUUACAUGUGUUCUGCUGAUCACACAUGAGAUGAUAGUGAGCAGCUUUUCAUCACUUGCCAUGCAACAGCAGCAGCAGUCGUCCUCCCUCAGUGAACCAGAACUCAUAGUGCUAUACACAAUCAUGGAAGAAAACAGACCUGAGGGAUUGAGAAAUGCUCCAGGUAACAGUUAGGCCAAUGUGUAUAGUAAGGCUGCUGAGUGGAAGUGAUUUUCAGACAGAUGACUGAAAUAUGCACCUGAGACACACCCAUCACAAUCAAGGUGUCAAGCUAGGAGCAGCCCACAGCCAUGAGGGAGACCUGUGGUACCCAAACCAUUGAUAUUGUGACCACUUUGAAUAAAGCAAUGUAUAUGAGUUGUGAGGAGUUAGCCAAAGAGGAAGUUCCUCCUCAGAUUCAUUUAUAUUAUUUGAAGAAUUUGUGUGGGAUAAGAAGGUAAAAUUUUCCAUAAAAAGCAAAAAUUAGACCAGUCUGAAAAAAUGUGUUGAAGAAUUAUAUUUUUUCUGCUUCUUUAUCUUGUUUAUCAUCUUGUGAGCCCUGCAAUUUAUCUUGCAUCCUGUUGGGGUCCUAACCCCCCAGGUUGGGAACCACCAGUGUAGUCAGUCCUACUGUUAGUUGUAUAGUAAUGCCUUUAAAACCAUUGCAGAUACUUGAAACGUUGAGAAUUAUAUUUUAUAUUACUUCACUACAUGCCCCUUACAUCUCAACACAUGGACAGUAUUUGAGAGUUUUUUCCCUGUGUCAUACAUUAGACCAGUAGCUCCAAAGUCUACUGCUUAAUGUUUGAGAAAAAGAUUUCUUUGAUUUUGAAACGUUUUAACAAUAUGUGGUGCUAUGGAAAUGUGUUGACACAUUUUCUGUUCUAAAGUUGUUGGUACCCCAUGUAGGACUGCUCAUAUCUACAGGUCUCUGUGUUUUCAACAUGACACAGAUAGGUGAAGGUAGAAACUGGACUUAUUACCUUGAUGUCAGUGAACACCUCAGUGCUCUGUAGUACACUGGGUAGAAUAAUGAGUGGUAGAAUAGAAAGGGCUCUACAUCCUGCUGAAACAGGCCUUUAAAAUGUCUUUGUACCAAUGUGCUCGUUUCUGCAGAACUGCUUACUUUACCCUUCUCUACUAUCUACUGAUGAGGAAGCGAUAACGUCUUAAAGUGUCUGUGUCCUGUGUGUUCUUUUUGGCUGCGGGUCCCAAAAGAAGUGCUCCUUCUCCAUUAGAGCUUGAAUGGCAGUUUGCUGUACCUUGAGUUCUGUAUAUACUAUAUGCGACCUUCAUGAAAGAAGAGCUGGUCACUUGUGACAAAGAGCCCAAUUCAGACUUUGACUGAAGCAAACUGUAAACUGUAAUGCUCUGUAGGGCUGCACAAUAUAUUGAAAAUGUAUCGUUAUUGCGAUAUCAACGUGUGCAAUAUCACAAAGAUUGCUUGAACUGUGAUAAAUGGUAUAUUUCCAUGUGCUCUGCAUUCACACUCUACUGGUCAAUAUGUUUGGCCAAUCAGAUGGAGCCGUUCUGCCCUAGACGCCUACCCCCUGUGUAGAUGCUAUAAACUGAGGUAGAAGCGCAUGAAGAGUUAGGUAGUGAGCAGAGAUUCAGCUUGACAUUUUUCUGACUGACAACAUGUCCGUUCAUAUUCUGGAAAUCCAGCCACUUUAAACAGCCGUAUAACAGCCUACAUUUAGACAACAAUAAAGCACAAACAUUAUGA